AUGGCUAGAGUUAUGAUGCAGAGUGAGAAGCUUCCUUAUCAACAAAACUUGAGCGAUCCACUACCUCAGAAUGAACAAGAUGGUUUACGAUCUAAGGCAAAGGCGAAAGCUAAACGGUUGUUGAGAAUUGAUGACGACGAUUCUUCAUCGGAAAAUAAUGAGGAAGAGCAGUUUUUCGAUUCUGUAGUGGAGGAGAUCCACCAGAGCCCUGCUUUCGACGCAGCCAAGGUGCUCAACACAUCCAGCCUGGGAAAUGGAUCGCGAAUAAAGAGAACCAAAAAUAUACUACAGGGAACUGCGGAUGCUAUCGUACAUCCAGUCGCAUCUAUCAAAUCGAAAGCUACGAAAAAAACCGCGGGAAAAUUGGCCAAAAGUAGACCAUAUCUCUCAAAUCAAGCAAAAUUUGACUUCCUUGAAGCCCACGAUGCAUUACAACAGGCCAAGGAUGACCAGCAUAGUAGCGACGAUGGGGGCGUGAAUGAGGGCAAUCUAGACAAAAUCGACUACUACGAAAAUAAGGUUCACACACUUGAGCGAGAUAGGGAGGAAAUACGAGUUGCUUGGGUCACCAAUAGACAUGUUCACCGUGUUCGCGUCGUUGACACAACACCUGCACCAUUUCCAUCCGAUCAAUAUUUUGAGGCGCCAGACGAUCAUGGGUAUGCGGAAUUCAAAUGGGAAAAAUAUAUUGGAUAUUAUGCGUACAUCGUUUACGCAACUGCAAAGAACUACUACUACCCCUCAGUGUCCGCAUUGCGCGAGGAAGUUUCGAGAAAUAUUGAUCGAGGGGCGACGGCUUUGAAAGCUGGAGAGUUGAUGGAAAAGCAUGGAAACAAGCACUGGCUGGGGCCUCUUUUGGAACAGACCGGCCCAUAUUUACAAGUACAAAUUGCGGAUUUGGCCAACUUACUUGAGGUCUACGACAGUUUCUUUCAUUUUCGCCGCCCUCAGAACACAUUUUACUCUCUUUUCCUAUUUCUGGCGGUUUUUCUCCUUAGUGUUUGUGCCUCCAUUCAAUUCACCAUGAAAGUAUUCUGGUUCGUGGUUGGUCUUGUAUUUUUUGGUUGCUGGCCUAUAAGCUCUUUAUAUCCCCAAUACCGCCUGCUUGUUUCGCCGCUCAAGUGGGCUUUCUGGGAUAUUCCCACGUACUCAGAAUGGUCUCUUCAGUAUCUCCAAGAACGUGGAUCUUCAACCUUAGAGAAAAUCAACUCACAACCAUCGAGGAAUAUAAAUACUCGAGUCGGAGGUUCGGAGAUCACGGUAAAGUCCGGGAGCCACAACGAAGAUGAUAACCCAACUGUUGGUUCGGAAAGUGUUCGCGGAGAGCGCCAAGAUAUUUUGUCAUUCAAUUGCACUUUGCAUCACAUUCCAGGACGUCUAAUUCUCUCCACCAGCACCAUUCGUUUUGAACCUUCGGUUCCAAACGUUCUGUCUCGCAAAACAUUCGAUAAACCGUACGGCGAAUUAAUUGAAAUGUCCAAACGAGAGACCGAGGAUAUGCUACUGGCCCAACUGGCAAAAGCAACGAUCGGAAGAGAUAAACUGGAGUUGAAGUUUCGUGGGGAAGCUGGUAGUGACAUGCAGGAUGCAUGUCAAAAUGGGCACAUAGUUGUGCUACUGGAGAAUAUUAAGGGAAGAGAUAAGGCUUUCAAUACUAUCAUAGCAUUCAGCGGGGUAAGGUGGCAGUGCUUACAAAAGACACCGGGGAAACUUACUGGAAAGGAAAACCGAUCAUCGAACGCGUAG